CGGUGGGUGCAGAGAAGACGCGCCGCCGUUGCACCAUCAUCGGUCCCACUGGAGCAGGCCGAUCUCCUAAGCUGCAGCACGCCACUGUUUAGCGCCACGAUUGCCGCAUAAUGCUCUGCCGCUUGCUGCUGCUCGCCUCGCUGGCACCACGCGGGAGAGCUCCAGCGGCUGCCGUCAGCGCUCUCGCCGUCCGGCUUGCUCACCGUAGCGCCAUCAACCCCACCGCACGCUCACUCGGCCGCUACUGCCGCCUACGAAUGUCCGAUAGCGAGCAGUAUGACGUCGUGGUCGUUGGCGGUGGCGCGGCGGGUGUCUUCGGCGCGAUCGCGGCCGCGCGUGCCGGCGCCAGCGUGCUCUGUCUGGAGGGCGGAAGCCAGCCGUUGCGCAAGGUGCGCAUCUCCGGAGGCGGCCGCUGCAACGUAAUGCACGACGCGCAGACGUGGCAGGCGUCUCGAGACGCAGUCGCGCAAAGGUACCCCCGCGGCGCCGACCAGCUGCUCGGGUCUCUCGCCUCGCGCUUCUCGCCGGAGGAGACGCAGGCGUGGUUCGAGGCGGAGGGUGUGCAGCUGAAGGUCGAGGCGGACGGCCGCGCCUUCCCCACCACCGACAACUCGGCGACCAUCAUCGACGCGUUGCUCGGCGCUGCCGAGCGGGCCGGCGUCGUUCUGCGGACGCGCGCAAAGGUGUCCGACCUGGCGCACGACAGCGGCGCAGCUCCGCCGCGCUUCGGGCUGAAGUACGCCAGCGCCAGCGGCGGCGAGACGGCGGCGGUGCGCUGCAGCGCGGUGCUGCUCUCGACGGGCAGCUCGGCGCACGGGCUGGCUGCAGGCCUGGGACACCGGAUCGUGCCGCUCAUCCCGUCCCUCUUCUCCUUCCGCUUCGUUGCUCUCCGCCUCGGCCUCUGCUCCGCAGGCGUCUCGGUACCCGACGUGGAGCUGUCCCUCGAGCUGAAAGCAGGAGGCGGGCCUUCGCCGUCGCUCUCUUCGCGUGGCCCUUUGCUGGUGACGCAUCGCGGAGUCAGCGGGCCCGCGGCACUCAAGCUCAGCGCGUUUGCUGCGGUGGAGCUGGCAGAGGCGGGGUACGCCGGCGCGCUCAAGCUCAACCUGCUUCCUGCGCUUAGUGGAGCGGGGGUGGUUGGUGCUCUGGAGGCAUUCACCGUCGACGGUCGGCGGAAGCUGGUGCGCAACGCCAAUCCAUUCGGGCUGCCUGGGAGGCUGUGGGAGGCGGUGGCGUGCGGCGGAGGCGACGAGGCGGAGGCGACGGGCGCCAAGCGGUGGGGAGAGCUGCGCCGUGCCGAGGUCGAGGCGCUGUCCUCGCGACUCACGGCGACACCGCUGCCCUUCUCUGGCAAGGACUCGAACAAGGACGAGUUCGUCACUUGCGGAGGCGUGGACUGGAGAGACGUCGACGCGACGCAGAUGCAGUCGAGGCUCGUCCCGGGGCUCGGUCCCGUACUCAUACACCGCAGGCUCUUUUUCGCGGGCGAAGUGCUCGACGUCGACGGCGUCACCGGCGGCCACAACUUUCAGUCCUGCUGGACGACGGGGCACGUGGCGGGGAGCGGCGCCGCCGAGCACGCCGCGGCGUGCAGCGUGGCGCCGGAGGCGGUGGCGCCGGAGGCAGGGGCGGCAGCAGACACAUUCCGUUUGCGAGGGGGCUGGCGCGCGGCCGCUUGCGCCGCCGCGUCAGGCGGCCAGCACGCCGCUCUAGCCGCAACCCUGACCCCGACCCUGGCCCUGACCCUGGGUUUGCCCCUGCCCCUGCCCCUGCCCCUGCCUCUGCCCCUGCCCCUGCCCCCGCCCCUGACUCUGACCCGACUGUAG